AUGGCUGAAAGUGAAAGUAACGUGUAUGAUUCCGAUGAAUCUGAUUCUGAUUUAUCUUCCAUUGGAAGUGAAUCGUCUUCAGCGUAUAAAAAGAACAAAAGAUUUCCAACUCAGGCAACUGAUUGGACAUUGGACCACCUUACCGCAUUAGGAGUUAAAUAUGGCGAAAAUGCAACAGAUCUGAAAACGUUCAUGUCAAAGCUGAAAACUGUAAACAUUGAUCGUACACUAGGCAAAAUGCCUAAAAUCUGCAACACUCUAAAACAACUAACUACAGAAAAAUGGUCAUUUUCCUGCAAUUUAGAAAAGGAUAAAGGGGGUGGGAUAAAGGAUGCAAUGGAAACAACGGAAAAGACCAUUGAAGACUUUGUGAAUGAACAAGGAAUGGAUGAAAGGGUUAAGCAGGAAGAUGAGAAAAAAAUGAGAUUAUUCUUCAUAUGGAGAUUUAACAUUCUGAAUUUCUGGAGGUACCUUUUAACCCUUCUUGCUAGAUGGGACAAACCACAGAGAGAAGGAAGAUACACAAACCUCUUCAUGGCCUUUUCCAAAAUUUUUUUCCUUCACCCAGAGACUGGCAGUAGCGUUUGUGAUGCCAUAGGUAUUAAGGAUUCAAGUGUUCAUGGAAUACCAGACAUUCGUUAUACAACAAUGGCAAAUGAGACAUCACAGAUUCUCACUGUGACAGAGGUAAAGCCAUAUAAUGCUUUUACAGGAGAAUAUAAUGAAGAGACUUUUACAUUUAAACAUAUUGGAAAAAAUGUUCUUGGUCGACAUGGAAUUAAACUGAUCAUGGAAGCAAUUGAAUCAUUCUUCUUUCCCUAUGUAGUGGGACUUUUAUGUAUUGGAACAAAAAUUAUUUUUACAUACCUUUAUAUUGAACGGGAGGAUUACUACAGCCUGAGGGAGAGUGGAUACAUUCAGAAGCCCAAUAAAGCCUCUAUAUCUUACACAAGGCCCUUCGAUUUCAUGGAUUCUGGUGAUAGACAGUCUAUCUUAGACUCCUUCUUCUGGUUUGGUUUUGUGCAAUCACAUGGUUACAAAUAUUGACAUACACAUGUAUGUACAUGUACCAUGUAUGUUGUAUAUACUUCUAAUGUUUUUCAGUGUAUUAAAUUUUCUUUUUUUUGUACUAAGUAACUUUGGAUUUAUUGGGUACUUAUAAUAUUGUGGUUUAUGUUAAAUACAUGUAUGUUCCGUUGUAAUUACAUAGAAAAAACA